AUGGCCAAGGACCCCAAAAGGUACACCGUUAACAAGAGCGGUUCUGAAGUCCUCGCCAAGGACCCUGAGGCUCAACCUCCUCGCCUCAAGAGAGAAGUGGGACUAGUGAGUGCUACAGCUCUACUCAUCGGUGCCGUCAUUGGUUCUGGCAUUUUCGUGACACCCAGCACCGUCUUCAGAAAGUCUGGUUCCAUUGGCGUCGUCCUCGUUGUUUGGUCAGUCUCCGGAGUCCUCACCCUUAUAGGUGGGCUAUGUUACGCGGAACUUGGAGCUCUCUUGCCAGCCGCCGGCGGUGAUUACGCCUACCUGAUCGCCGGCGGCAAGUGGCUGGGCAAGUUCGGCGACGUCAUCCCGUUUUUUCACGCCUGGUUUUUCCUGCUCAUAUCGGACCCCAUGAGCGCGGCCCUCCAGGGUUUGACUUUUUCGAGCUACAUUCUCAGCAUCGUCUAUCGCAGCUGCCCACCUCCUUAUGCGGUGAACGUCUUUGUGGCUCUUGCGUUUACGUCUCUUGCGACACUCAUAAACUGUAUAUCUGUGAAAACAUCAGCGAGGGUUCAGGAUGUGCUUUCAUCAAUCAAGUGCUUAGUUCUACUGUCCAUCAUAAUUACCGGUGUAAUCUCGGCAUUCAGAGAAAAUCAUCUCCUGGACAAGCCUUUCUUCACAGGCGAUACAAAAGCUGCGGACGUUGUGUUUGCUUUCUAUGGGGCCAUUUAUUCGUAUGGAGGAUGGAGCCAAAUCACCCACAUUGCUGAAGAGAUUAAAAACCCCACGAGAAACAUACCCUGGGCGCUGAUCUUCGGCAUCUUCAUCAUAACGCUCAUCUACAUCGGUACCAACGUGGCCUACUUCGUGGUCCUGGACGCUCCAACGAUAGCCAGCACGGACGCCAUAGCUGUAUCAUUUACUGCGGCCACUUGGGGACCCCUAGCGGCCACGGUGAUACCCAUCUGCGUAGCAGUCAGCUGCUUCGGUACCCUGUGUGCAGGAUACUUCAGCAGUGCUAGGGUCAUGCUGGCUGCUGGAAGACAAGGACACCUUCCUCUGAUCUUUUCUUUCAUCACAGUGGAAACGUCUUUACCACUGACUUCAAUCCUUUUAAGAGGAUGCCUAGCCGUCGGCUACACGUUCGUCGGUUCAGUGGAAGCUCUUAUAGUCGGUGCUGUCUUCUUAGCGAGUCUGGCAGGUGUGUUCGUUGUGCUCACGCUGUUCGUACUCCGCUUCACGAUGGAAGAUGCACCAAGGCCCUACCGCGUUCCUACGGUGCUGGCUGUCAUCAAGCUGGUGGUGUUGGUUGCGUUAAUCGUCCUACCGUUUCUGAAACCCGUUGAGUACCUACAGUACGUUGUAAUCAUGGCCGUUCUUACACUGGGUGGCGUCUAUUACGUGCUGUUUACUCGUUUUGAGCUAGUUUUUCCCGGUAGUCGACAAGCAGCCUGCUUUGUUCAGAAGUUGUUGAUGUGCGUUCCUUGCGUCAACGAGCUCGAACUAAUGCUCAAGGAAAAGUUGUGA